AGUUCGAGUACCCUUUUUUUUUUAUUUGUUUUUGACAGGCAAAUAAGCAAUGACUGAAUACCCAUUUUGCCCUCCCAUUUCUACGGCAUAUUCCCCCAAAUACACUCGGCAGGAAAAUUUUUUGUAGCUUCAUUAGGCAUCAUACAACACGCAGGUGAAACUCGAAGAGGUCUGUUACCACAACCCUUCCGAUUGUGCUAAUCAGUGAAACCUCACUGACGCCAACCAACAAUAGAAGAGGAAGAAGAGGAGGAGGAAGAUGGGGACUCUUGGCAAAGCCAUAUACACCGUUGGAUUCUGGAUUCGCGAGACCGGUCAAGCCCUUGAUCGCCUCGGCUGCCGCUUUCAAGGCAAUUACUACUUCCAAGAGCAACUGUCUAGGCAUCGAACUCUCAUGAACAUAUUUGAUAAAGCCCCUGUGGUUGAUAAGGAGGCAUUUGUGGCUCCCAGUGCCUCUAUCAUUGGAGAUGUUCAAGUCGGAAGAGGAUCAUCCGUUUGGUAUGGAUGUGUUUUGAGAGGUGAUGUGAACAGCAUUAGCGUUGGAGCUGGAACUAAUAUACAAGACAAUUCCCUUGUGCAUGUUGCAAAAUCUAAUCUAAGUGGAAAGGUGCUGCCAACUAUAAUUGGGGAUAAUGUUACUGUAGGUCAUAGUGCUGUUUUACAUGGCUGUACUGUUGAGGAUGAGGCUUUUGUUGGCAUGGGAGCCACACUUCUUGAUGGUGUUUUUGUUGAGAAGCAUGCCAUGGUUGCUGCUGGAGCCCUUGUUAGACAGAACACUAGGAUUCCUGCUGGAGAGGUGUGGGGAGGCAAUCCAGCAAAGUUUCUGAGAAAGCUUACGGAUGAGGAGAUAGCCUUUAUUUCACAGUCUGCUGCCAAUUAUUCUAAUCUCGCACAGGUUCAUGCUGCUGAGAAUGCUAAGCCUUUUGAUGAGAUCGAGUUUGAGAAGUUGCUUCGCAAGAAGUUUGCUCGUCGUGAUGAAGAGUAUGACUCAAUGCUGGGUGUUGUUCGUGAAACCCCCCCUGAACUUAUUCUUCCAGAUAAGGUCCUACCAAAUAAAGCACCCUUGGCGGCAAAAUGAGGUUUGUCCGUGAGGCAUUUUGUUACUUAAAUUUCAAAUCUUCAUAUUACUUCGAAAAAAUAUUUGUUGUCUUGUGCAAAUACAAGAAAAAGGGAUUACUUUCUUUCCCAAUAAUGCCUGACUUGUUUAGGGUAGAAUUAUGCCCCAUGUUGCUUUCGGCUCUGCCCUACUUCUGGUUGUUGCAACUCUGUUUUCUUCCAUGGGACAAGUUAAUGCCAUAAAGCAGGAUUUUUAAUGUUUAUUUGACUCUUAUACUAAGAAGUUCAUUUUUUUUUUUUUAA